GUGCUUCACGAACGCGUACAGAACUCCUUUUCUCAAAAGAGGCAAUUUGUACAGUUAUUUUUAUCUAGUGAACGUGGGAAGAGAUAGUGUGUGAAAUGUACAUUUGUAAAUUUGUGUUUUCUCUUGUCUUAGAAAGAAAAAAGCUGUAUGUGUGAUACCAAUGGAAUGUACUAUGUGGACUUGCUCUAAAAGUGGUGCUGAUGAAGACCUGUUUGCAAACGUUCAGUCAUUACAGAAUCAGCUGAGGAGAACUGAAAAAAACCUACGAACAGUAGAGAAAGAGCUUUCCAGUACAAAGGAACAUUACGGCCACUGCUUUGCUGAGGCGACAGACUUUGCUCUGGAGGAUUUUGUACAGCCUAAUUACAACAAUCAGGGCUUUUCCAACUCCAAGAAUUCUGGUAAAACAUCUCACCGAGAUUUUCAAAGAAAACCCAAAUCUUACUCAGUAUCCACAACUGUGGAUAAAACUGUGGAAGAAUAUGAAAGUCUUCAGGAAAAGCUGGAUGCCCUUCAAGAGCAAAAUGCAUCUUUGACUUCUCAGAACCACUACCUAAAGAACAGGGUGGAAACAAUGAACUUUGAAUUGAUGCAGUCAAAAACAAAAAUUUCGUAUCUCGAGUCCACUUUAGGUACACAUUUAGUCGACGUUCCGAAGUUGAAAGAACAGAUUUUAAACCUGGAAGCAGAAGUUUCAGCUCAAAAUAAAAUUCUGAAAGAUGCAGAAGAUAGACUAGAUCAGAACCAGAAAACAGCAAUGGAAAGAGAAAACAUGUUACAAAGAUAUCAAAAGGGCUAUAAAAGUCUGAAAAUGGAGUUAAUUGAACGGAGCAAGCAAGGAAAGAGAACAGAACAGCAAAGAAAUGAAGCUUUGUUGAAUGUGGAGGAGCUGACAAGAGCUUUCAAAAAGUAUAAAGCAGAAAUAAAUGAAAAAUUAGAAAAGGUUAAAGCUGAAGAAUUAGUCUUGGGAAAACGUUUAAUUAAUUGUGAAAAGGAAAAAGAGAAGUUGAAUGAAAAGUGCAUCAGCUACAGAAAGGAUCUAAACAUCCUAGAAGAGCAACUAAGGCAAUUAAAGGAAGAGAAUAAUAGCACAAAGGAAGAAAUUAAGACUCUAGAGGCAAAGAACACUGAAAUGACAUCAAUGCUGAGUCAGUCUGAUCAGAAGAUCAUCAAGCUCAAGAGUGAACUUUCUGAAAAAGAAAUAGUGCUUAAAGAGCAAAAUGCUCUACUAAGUGAGAAUGCAGAGCUGAGAGCACUUAUUGCACAGCAAAAUAACCACUUGAAAUUAUGUCAUCAAGAAAUUGAGGAUUCAAGGCAAGAGCUCAACAUACUAGAAACCAUUAUUUCUCAGUUGUCUUCAAGCACAUCUGAAGAGUUUAAAUGGCACCAUUUCAAACACCAGCUUUUGAGUUCCUCAACGAAAGAAGUUAUCUCUGAGUCUUGUGAAUCAAGUAAACCUUUGAUUGCAGACCUAAGCAUUAAACUGUCAAUGAAAGAAGCUGAAAUUCAAAAGCCUCAUGCAAACUUAACUAUCUGUGCUGGAGCUGAACAUCUGUCUAAUAAUAAUGAAGGACAAGAAAAUAGCAGGUUAUGUGGCCUGGAAACAGAGCCUGUCAAAUUGAUCAGAAGUCAAGGAGAGAGGAGAAAAUGCCAACAGUUGGAACUUAUAAGCAAGCAAUUUGAGAAAAUGAAGCAAAGAUUCCAGAAAGAGAUAGAAGAGUUACACACUAAACUGACCAAAGCAGAUGAUGAAAAUUCUUCUUUGAAGACCAGCAUGGCUCAAAGGACCAGUCAGUUCCAAAUCAUACAGGAAGACCUACUGAAGAAGGCUUCAAAAACUAAUAGCUUAGAGAAAGAAAUAAGAAAGAAAUCUUUUCAACUUUCUGCCCUUGAGGAACAGUUGGAAGAAAAGACUAUCGCUUAUUCCACUGCUGCAGCAAGAAAUGCUGAGCUGGAACAGGAACUCAUGGGACAAAGCAGACGCAUUCAUGAGUUGGAAGCAACUAUCAGUGAAGAACAUGAGAAAAUAAAUUCUGCUUUUGAAAAUGCAAAGUUGGUUCACCUGGAGCAGCACAAAGAGAUGAAGAAACAGUUAGAACUACUUCAGACACAGCUGGAGAAGAAACAUCAACAAUUCAUUAAACAAGAGAAAAUAAUCUCUUUUUUACAACGAGAGGUUAUACAUAAACAGCUUCAUCAUAUCAAAUCACUGGAUGGGUUGCUGACAGGAAGCAGAGAGCUUUGUUAUUUACAGAAAGAAAUAAAAGUAAAAGAUCAGAAUAUUCAGGACAUGAGUGAACAAACUGUUCUCCUACAAACUUUGCUUCAUCAUCAGCAAAUGUUACAGCAAGAAACUAUUAGAAAUGGGGAGCUGGAAGAUAAUCAGAUUAAACUUGAACAACAGGUAUCCACUUUGGAGAAAGAGCUUCAGAAGCAGAAAGCACGUGCAGCAGAUGAGCUGAGAAAGGCAGAGGAGAAACUUCACUUCACUGCUCAGGAAGCAGAUUUCAACAGACAGAAGGUGGAUGAACUGAGCUGUACCAUCAGGCAGAUUAAAUUGGAGAUGGAUCAGUGCAAGAAAGAACUAACUGAUAUGGAGAAACAAAUAGUGCAGUUACAACAAGAUGGUGAAAACAAAACAGUGCAGAUAAAUCAGUUGGAUAUCAUUUUGGAAGAAGCAAGAUUAGAGCUCAAUAAAAAAGCAAAUGAGGUGAAUGAUUUAGAAGAUAAGCUGCUUCAAAGUGAGACUUGCCACAGGGAAGCCUUGCAGAAAAUAGCAGAACUAGAAUCUGCAUUACAGAAUGCCCGUGGAGAAUUAAAAAUCACUUUAACACAGCUUCAGGAAUUGCAAGAUGCAUUGCAGAGUGCACAGUCCUCUCUGGAGCAGAAGCACGUUGCUAUCAUGGAUCUAACAACUGAGCUCAGGUGUUGCAAGGGUGAAAUCGAAGACAAAAAGCAAGAACUCCUUGAAAUGGACCAAGCACUGAAGGAAAGGAAUUGGGAACUGAAACAAAGAGCAGCUCAGGUUACACAGCUGGAUAUGACAGUUCGUGAACAUAGGGGAGAAAUGGAACAACAAAUAACUCAGUUACAGUGCAAUUUAGAAAAGUCAGAGCUGGAAAUCAAGGAAUGCAAUAAAAAGAUUGAGAGCUUAGAGAAGAAACUCCAGCAUUCUAAAGAUCAGCUUCGUGAAAAAGAGUUUGAAUUGCUCCAGAGAGAUCAAAAAAUAAAUCAGCUGAAGAAAAAAAAAGCAAAGAAAACAACAUAACCUAGAAGCUCUUGAAAAGUGAGGAUCUUGUAACAAUUCAGCACUCUGCUACCCUUCAAAGCUGGGCAAGAACUGUGAAGAAAUGAAUGUUGCCCAUUGGACAAGCAGCAACCCAGGAAUGCUACUGCUGGCAUCAUAGUUGUGCAUUCAAAGAGCAAAUUUUAAUGUAGUAUUUCUAAAGAAGGAAUGGAGUUAUUUGUACUGAAGCAGAU